UAUGGUUGCUCAUAUCAAUAUCUAAUUUCGGAUAAUAAAAACUUCUUCGUCUUAAGUUUAACCUCUGAUAAUCGGAGUACUUCGGUUUACUUCAAUAAGGUAGGGGAUGUCAACAUCUGAGUGAGUUUAAAAUCAAACAUGGCGGAUGAUAUUCAUAUACCGCAUCAUCUCUUAGCUGCCCGACUGACGGGAGAAGAUAAGGAUGUCACGGAUGAGGUAGCGUUCAGGACGAUUGUUGACCGCUUCAACAGACUUGAUGAAGUAACCAAGGCCAUACAGUCCGUCGGGGUGGACCAAUGUGGAAUCAUAUUUGGUAUCGACUAUACGACGAGUAACGAGACCCAGGGUAAGAAUACAUUCGGCGGUAACUGUCUACAUACUGUCAAGGAGAAGACAAUUAAUCCGUACCAAGAGGUGAUCUGUAUUUUGGGUGAAACUCUGGAACCGCUAGACGACGACGGCAUCAUUCCGGCCUACGGCUUCGGGGACAAGGGCACACCAGACCGGAAGUUGUUCCCCCUUAAACCAGAGAACGACUGUGAUGGAUUUAUGGAGGUGAUGGACGUGUACAAUCACGUGACCCCUGGUCUGAAGCUUGGUGGACCUACAAACCUUGCGCCUCUCAUUGACGAGGCAGUACACAUCGUAAAGAACACCAAAAAGUACCACAUCCUUGUGAUAGCAACGACAGGGCAGCUAGCAUGCCAAGCGGAAACAGUCGCCUCCAUCGUCACUGCAUCCAACUUCCCCCUUUCCAUCAUUGUCGUAGGAGUCGGGGACGGUCCAUGGGACGCCAUGAACGACUUUGAUGACCUACUUCCGGAAAGAAUAUUUGAUAACUUUCAGUUUGUGAACUUCCACAAAGUGAAGCAAGGCGCUCGGAACCCACAGGCGUCUGUGGCGCUCGACGCCCUUAUGGAAAUUCCCGAUCAAUACAUGUAUAUAAAGGACUUGAAACUCGUGGAGAAACUGACUUGAAUUAUGCUUUAUUUUGGAAAAAAGGAUUUGAGCUACGCAUCGAGCUAUGGAUUGUUAAAGAUGCACUUUUACUCCCAAAUCAGAUUUAUUACAAUUCAUACAAUAAAUAUACCAAAAAGGGUGAAUAAAUGUCGAAAACAACGAUUCUUCUGAAGGAUAUCGAGUUUAAUUUGAAAGAAAGGUGCACAAAAGAAGGUAUUUCUACCUUAUGAGACGAUAGUAGAUCACAGUAAAUCUUUAAGCACUCACCAAUCAUUUAAUAUUAUUGCGUUUUCAGCUAUUAAAUACAUGGUCACAAUCUUGUUAUCAGUUAUUAAUAUGUUCAAUAAAAGUGUUAUUUAGUAA